CCGGGGCAGGGCMGGGCAGGGCUGGGGCACCCCCGAGCGAUUGGCACGGCCCCCCCGCCCCCCGCCGCCCCCCCGGGCCCCGCUCUGCCCCGGAGAUGCGCGGCCGCUGCGCGAGUGCGGAGGCGGCAUGGACGGAGCGGCGCGGCCCGAGGCGGACUCGCUGGUGCUGCGGGCAGCGGGGGGCGCUGCUGCUGCUAAUUGGUCUGGGAGUCUUAUUGUCGCCUCUUUAACUGGCGCUUUUGGGUCGUCUUUUCUUUAUGGUUACAAUYUAUCGGUGGUGAACGCUCCCGCAGGGUAUAUAAAGAAGUUCUACAAUGAAACUUGGGAGAGGAGAUACGGCUUCUCAGUGGAUGAAGGCACGCUGACGCUCCUCUGGUCCAUAACCGUUUCUAUUUUUGCCAUUGGUGGCCUUGUAGGUGCCAUUAUUGUUACCCCAAUUGUGAAGUUCUUUGGAAGGAAAUGCACUUUGGUGCUCAAUAAUGUGUUUGCAGUGACAGCUGCGUUGUUGAUGUCCCUCUCCUCGCUGGCGGGGUCRUUUGAAAUGCUCAUCCUGGGCCGCAUUAUCAUGGGCAUUGAUGCAGGCAUUUCUUUAAGUGCCCUUCCCAUGUAUUUGAGUGAAAUAUCUCCUAAGCAAAUCCGUGGUUCAUUGGGUCAGGUCACAGCGAUUUUCAUUUGUAUUGGUGUUUUCACUGGACAAGUUUUGGGGCUGCCAGAAAUAUUUGGGCAAGAAUCUCGGUGGCCAUUCUUGUUUGGAGCAAUCAUUGUCCCAUCAUUGAUACAAGCUGUGAUUCUGCCUUUUCUUCCCGAAAGUCCUCGCUACCUCCUACUUGAGAAGCAUAACAGGAGCCAGGCAGAAAAAGCAUUUCAGAGAUUCCUGGGGAAAGAUGACGUGUCUCAGGAAAUAGAGGAAGUUUUGGCAGAGUCUCGAGUCCAAAGGAACACCAAGCUGGUGUCGAUCGUUCAGCUGCUGAGAACCCGCGCCGUGCGAUGGCAGAUCGUCACCGUGGUCGUCACCAUGGGCUGCUAUCAGCUCUGUGGGCUCAACGCUAUCUGGUACUACACAAACAACAUCUUUAGUGAAUCUGGGAUCAAGCAUGAAACAAUCCCUUAUGUCACACUGAGUACUGGUGCUGUUGAGACUCUGGCUGCUGUUUUUUCUGGCUUGGUUAUUGARCGGCUUGGGCGCAGGCCUCUCCUCAUCGGAGGUUUUGGGUUGAUGGUUGUCUUCUUUGCAGUACUCACCGUCUCCCUGACUUUACAGAACUCUGUGCAUUGGCUUCCUUACCUCAGUAUAUUUUGCAUCCUUGCAAUCAUUGCWUCAUUCUGCAUUGGACCAGGUGGGAUUCCAUUUGUCCUCACUGGAGAGUUUUUCCAGCAGUCUCAGAGGCCAGCUGCCUUCAUGAUCGCUGGGACAGUCAAUUGGCUCUCCAACUUCGCAGUCGGACUGCUCUUCCCYUUCAUCCAGGCUGGUUUACAGACCUACUGCUUCCUGGUGUUUGCUGCCAUCUGCUUUGCAGGAGCRACCUACCUGUUUUUUGUCCUGCCAGAAACAAAAAACAAGACAUUUCAUGAGAUCAGCCAAGCAUUUGCCAAAAGGAAUAAAGUAACUUUAGAAAUGCAAGAGAUGAACCACUACCCGGCAGAGAGGAAAUCAAGUGCAGAACAAGAAUCAAACUUCACAUCUUCAGCGGACAAUGGGGAAAGCAAAAAAGGGAUUGUGUAAAACCAGGAUGCACUUUUGGGGGAUGGGGGGAAGCGUGCUCUUUUCUUUUACAGCAAUGCACAGCUUUUUCAUGGGACAUCAUGGCCUGCUUCCCCCUGGAAAAUGUUCAAAGUGAGGAUGGGUGAACUCAUUAGCAGCUGGGGCAAUGGUUGAAGCAAUGAGGGGUGGGAGUAGCAGCAACUGAUAAAAUAAAUGAGGUGGAGAUCUCCUGGCACCUGUGAAGCAGCUGCUGYGGUGAGUGGGAUGGGAAAUAGAGAUUUGGAGAGGGGAAGUGGCAGUGGGGAUCCAGGGCUGGGAGCAGCCUGGUGUGCUCUCAGGGAUGUGGGUGUGCUCUCACCAUGAGGAGGAGGAGGCAGAGAAAGGGGAAAGAUCCCAGUAGGGCUGUGCUGAGAAGCAAGCAUGAAAUAGUACCAGAAUGUAUUUCUCCACAUUUCCCAAGAUGUCAUUCAAGUCUCCCAUGAGAACUGAGACACUCCCCUGACCUCCCAUUCCUUUUCCAGCUAUUUUGAUUUUCAGUUGCAUUGUUUGAACAUCUCCCACCUUCCCACAGAUGGGCAGCUCUGGGUCCUGAURAGUUUCCUUGUCUCACUUGCAAAUCCUGAUUCACUAGUAAUUGAGUUGUUUCUAGUUUCCGGGUUUGCUGGUACUGCAUUUCUCUGGAGAUAAAUAUUUAUAYAAUUGUAUUUUUUAARAUUAAACUUAGAAGCUUUAAUAUGAAAAUUAAACCUCACAGUAAAGUGAGAGAACUCUGAUGGCAUGYGCAGGGUAUAGUAUUAAAACAAAAAUUCAAAYAYGA